UAUUUCCACAGACGCUUUUGCCCACUUCUCCACAGCGUACAGGCCCUUCCUUCUCUGGAAUCAGCAAGCCCGAGUCGAGGUAAUAAGAUGCAAUACUACAUCAAUGCACUAGCAGAAUUUGGUCGUAAUUUUCAAAUCGUCUGGGGUUGCAUCAACAAUUAUGGUGAUACCGGUGGGAAGAUGCAAAUCCUAAAAAGCCAGCUCGAGAGUCUUAUUAGUAGAGAAGGAGACAUAAUUGUGGAAGUAGAACACGCGGAGUCAACUCUUGGAAGAAAAAGAAAGAAAGAAGUUGAGAAUUGGCUAAGCAAUGUACGAAGAAAAAAGGAUGAAUUCUCAAGCUUAGAUCAAGAAGUUGCAAAUGCGGGACUUCUCUCAAGAAUCACUUCAUCGAUCAACUUGGCAAAUCGUAUGAAUCAAUUGAUCGAAGAGGUGAAGGAACUCAGAAAGCAAGGUGAAUUUGGUGGCGGACUCGCACAAAAUUAUAUCAGGGGAUAUGAACUGCUGACAAAGGAAUUAGUUGGCGACACUUUUAGACAAAAUCUGCGAAAGAUAUUAUCUUACUUGAUGAAUGAUGACGUGUGGAGAAUUGGAGUUUUUGGUAUGGGAGGUGUUGGGAAGACCACUCUGAUAACACAUAUCUACAAUAAGCUUUUGAAGGCGCAUAACACUGAUCAGAAGGUCAGUUUGGUGGUCGUAUCCCAAAAAUGUAGCCCUGACGAGCUGCAAUACAAGAUUGCAAAAUGUCUGAAUCUUGAUCUGUCAAAUAUGGAUGAUAGGAUUAAUCGAGCUGGAAGAUUAUCAAACUUCCUGAGGGGAAAAAAAUUUGUCCUCAUCUUGGAUGAUACGUGGAAUACGUAUGAUCUAAAAGAGCUGGGACUUCCGGUAGACGAGAACGGGUGUAAACUGAUCCUGACAACCAGGAAGCUGGAUGUGUGUAACCAGAUGGAAUGCCAAGUUUCUGUCAAAGUAGAGACUCUCCUCGAGAAUGAAGCUUGGCACUUGUUCAUGAAGAAUCUGGGGCGCACAAAAGCCUUCCCACCUGAAGUAGAAAAUAUAGCAAGGUCUGUCGCACAGGAAUGUGGAGGUUUGCCUCUUGCAAUUGUGGUGGUUUCUGGAAGCAUGAGAGGGACGGAGGACAUCCAUGAGUGGAGAAAUGCAUCAGAAGCAUUGAAAGAAGCAAACUUCACGGAAGAAUGCAUGGAAGAGAAGGUGUUUGGUGUUUUGAGAAUUAGCUAUACUCGACUGAAUGAUGUGAUGGCGCAGCGGUGUUUCCUGCAUAUGGCAUUAUAUCCUGAGGAUUACAUGAUUGAAAGAAGUGAGCUCAUUCGAUACUUCAUGGAUAUCCGAUUGAUAUGCAGCAGAAGUCGGGAAGUGGAGUACGAUAGGGGACAUACGUUGGUGAAUAAAUUACUUAACGUCUGCUUGUUGGAAAGUGUUAAACGCACGAACAUCUCUGGACAAGAAACAGAGGAAUUGAAGAUGCAUGACUUGCUCAGGGACAUGGCAAUCAACAUGAUGAGAUCUAGAUAUAUGGUGAAAGCAGGGUUGCAUUUGAGAGAGAUACCUGAAGAGGAAAAAUGGACACAGAAUCUUGAGGUAGUUUCCUUAAUGGGAAAUCUCAUUGAGGGAAUCCCAGAAGGGAUGGCGCCCAAGUGUCCUAGACUCAAGUUCCUUUGCUUGAGCAAUAACACUUCCUUGAAGGCAUUACCCAAUGCGUUUUUGGAAAACAUGCCUGCUCUCCAAGUUCUCGAUCUAUCUUGGACAAAUAUCAAGUUUCUGCCAUGUUCAACAUCCAACUUGAAGAACCUCAUUGCAUUGUUGCUCCGGGGGUGCAGGGAAUUAGAAUUAGUCCCGUCUGUGGCAAAGAUGGAGGAGUUAAGAACUUUAGAUCUGUGUGAAAGUGGAAUCCGGGAUGCACCUGAAGGGUUAGAGAGAUUGGUAAAUCUAAGAAGUUUUGAUUUGAAUGGUUCAGAACUAAGGAAACUGCCUCUUGGAGUUCUGCCGAAACUUGCUCAUCUGCAAUACCUCAACCUUGGCAGUAAAUUAUAUGCAGAAGGAAGGGAGAUAAUGAGUAUGAGGAACUUGGAAGAUUUAAAAUGCAAUUUCACUGAUGAAAAUGAAUUUAAUCUGUACACAGCAUAUCUGAAUGAUGGAAAAGGUCCAAAGAAGUGGGACUUGAGACUGGGAUGUGUUGAUUAUGAUGAGGCUCAUGGAAGAUUAUAACAAAAUCGUGAGAUUAAGUUGCAUCGCUCAAGGAUGGCAAUGGGAAGAGCGGCUUCUGCUCCCAAGAGAAGUUGAAUUGCUGAUAAUUGAAAGGUUUGUGGAGGAUGGCCUGAGAAGCCUAAUGAACAUCCCAUCAUUUCACCAGGUAACCAACAUGAAGGCCUGCAUGAUUGGGAAAGUUAAAUCCAUGGAGUGUGUGGUUCCGCUGUCCAUGGAUUUCCUCUCACACAGAUACACCCAUCUUCGAAGCCUUGAGUUUCUAAGACUAGAUUCACUUAAGGACCUCCGCGUCCUAGUGGAGGUAGAAGAGAACUUUGCCGCUGCGAGUGCAUUCCUGCGGGUGCUAUCCAAAGGUAAUACCUUCUGGGGUCUGAAAAAGCUCGAAAUCAGUAAAUGCUGCAAAA